AUGACUGAUGACCAGCACCUCGGUGACGGUGUUGCUACUGCUGUCGGCUCGGAGAAGAGGGUCGUCAAUGACCACUACGUUAGUGGGGAAGGCAUCAAGCGAUAUGUGGAAAGUAUAGCCACACGGGCCAUCUUUCUUAUAGACCGACCAGUUGCGCCUCCCCGCCGGUCGCCGCCCGCCACCCCAAGGAUCAAGGCCGGCCGCGCCGGUCCCCGUCGGUCGCUGCUCCGGAUCCAGGCCGCCCACCGCCCCGCCCCCGUCAGCCCGGUCUAUUUCCCACCGGAUCCCAUCUUCGCCGCCGUCCGACGCGCCUUUUUUAAGGAGCUGCGACCCCAUGUCUCAGAGGAGCUAGCCCCUACGCCAUUGAUGCCCGAGCGACGCUCCCAAGCUAGGAGCGGCACGAGGACGACCACGCCCCCGAAGCCUAAACUGCAAGAUCCACCCACGCCCUCUCCAUUGCCACUCCACCGGUCGCGUAGAGAAGAUCGAGAAACGCAGCCUAACGCCGGUGUCGAGCUGAUUCCGGUGAUGAUUCCACACAAACGUAAUGAGCAUAUAUGAACAGGUUUGCAGUACGUCCAUGCCUUUGGGGCAUCUGGAGCUUCACAUAAUUGCUAAUUAGUGGCUGGGAUUUUGACGUCGCCUCUUAUACAUAUAUAGAGUUGCACUGUGAUUAAAUUUAUAUUUC